CUUCAUAUUGAAGAUUCACAAGUUGUGAGACAGUCCUGAAUGUUCGCCUGCCCUUUUUCGCCACAAUGUGCGGGGGAGAGUUUCGACCGUCAAAUUUCGGCCAUUCGGGAGUGCGAUCUGUGCCCGAAUUUACAACCUCACAGUGGCGAUGGCUGGGUCUACCAGGAACCUAUCUCUUCUAUCGGCUGUGUAUAUUUUUAUACCAGCUUAUUUGGAAUAUCCUGUGUAUCGUUAACUAUGGACCGCCUUAUUACAGCAACGAAAGACCGACAUACGUGUUUUUCGUAUAUGCAUCGCAUUGGGGUUACUGCAUGUUAACGCUGUACUUUUUCACUGCUCUCGUGUCAGCUGUAGUAUACCAUGCAUAUGGCAAGAAAGAUACUGCAAUUGACCAUAUUGAGAUGGCUGAACGAGGAGCAUCUUCCAACGAUGUGUCCGAAACUCUACGUCUACCUUUGCCUUGGUAUAUGAGACUCAACUGGUUCAUUCAAAACAUUGCAUUUGCUUCUGGAUUGACAAUUGUGUUGUUGUUCUGGGCAAUUGAUUAUGACCCAGCGACAGCCAAAAUCCACCCCUUCAACGUGCACGUGCACGGCGUCAACGCGUUUCUAAUUUUAUUUGAUCUCUUUGUGAUUGCGUCACCGAUUCGUGUGCUACACGUCAUCUAUCCUAUGAUAUUCCUCGCCUUAUAUGGUUUUUUCACAUACAUAUAUUACGCAUGCGGAGGGUUGAAUCCGGAAGGGGAAGUGUAUCUUUACAAAAUUGUCAACUGGAAGACAAAUCCCGGGAUGGCAGUUGGAGCAUUCGGUGGUAUGAUGUUCGUUUUGAUACCACUUGCUCACUUUCUUUUGUAUGGUCUGUACAGGCUACGAUUAUGUAUCAGUGACUCUAUUCACCGCCGCAGUGGUGGCGACAAACUUGCAUAAUAUGUAUCAGUGACUCUAUUCACCACCGUAGUGGUGGCGACAAACUUGCAUAAUAUGUAUCAGUGACUCUAUUCACCACCGUAGUGGUGGCGACAAACUUGCAUAAUAUGUAUCAGUGACUCUAUUCACCACCGUAGUGGUGGCGACAAACUUGCAUAAUAUGUAUCAGUGACUCUAUUCACCACCGUAGUGGUGGCGACAAACUUGCAUAAUAUGUAUCAGUGACUCUAUUCACCACCGUAGUGGUGGUGACAAACUUGCAUAAUAUGUAUCAGGGGUUCACUGUCAGUGUUAACACAUAUAAUGUUCAGUGUGCACGAAAUUGUAAGGUUGUCUACAGAAUUAUGUGAAUAAUUUAUUUUAUGGGGACCCUAUUGUGGACAAUAAUGUAAAAGGUUACUGUAUUUGUUACAAUUCACGUCAAUAAAACUACAUGUAUAUUGUUGUUUUGGAAA